GUUUACGGCAUCUGUCUUUUCUAGCAUGAGAGCCAGAAUGAAGUGCAAAGUUCAUCAGAAGCUACAGCAACAUGAGAUGGAGGUUUGGUUCAAGUCCAAACACAAAAGGAAACUGGAGAUAAUCUACUCAACACAGCCUACAGCAUAGGACAACAGGAAAAUAACAAAAUCACCUAUGAAACAGACCAGACAAUUUAUUCAGAGCUGUGGAAAUUCGGGGAAAAUAUCCGUUAAUGCCCGUUAAUGAUCCGCUUGCAACUAACGUUAGACAUUCUCCUUACAAGUAGGUGGCGGUAAUGCGCGAAAUCGAUGCGAGAUUGCGUAUCGCCAAAUAAAGGCAGAACAAGAGGACUUCCUCCUCUUCGGACUUCAUUAAGCAGUUGUCUUUAGUUGCAAUUAAGAUGGCUGAGCAGGACAUUGGUGCAGCAGAGGAUGCUAUGUUCCAUGCAGACCUGCUUUUGGCUCAAAUGAAAGGGAGUAUCUUUAGUUAUACAGCUCAAUUUGCAAAUGAAUGGGAUUCAUACAGUGAGUAAAAAUGGGAGAAAACCCACUGCUGAUGUGUUUACAUGUAAUGUUGAUUUUCUCUGGUGCAAGGAAAAACAAGAUGAGAAAAGUGCACCCCCUAACCGUGAGAGUAAAUUUCAGUGGAUUGAGAGAGACUGAAGGUCGUCCACUGCUGAAAAGAAAGAGCAGAAGCGGAAAAACGCGUAUGCGUUAUUCAGCUACAGUCCUGAAUCCUUGUGACCCAGCUGAGGAGGUAUCCAUGGUGACAGAACAAAACAUGUCUCAACACUUACUUGACAGUGAGAUGCAGAAACUGCAGGAGAUUCUGGCAACAACUGUUGAAGCUUCAGAUGGUCCUCCUUCAACAUCAUCAUCAUGGAGCUUGCAACAGUCUGCAGCCCAAGAUGAGUGGCAGAAAGCAAGGCCCUACCACCUGGACUGCUUGUUGUUCUCCAGGGUGGUCAAGGAAAAUAAAUGCAGUCAGUGCUCAUCUCCUGCCAUUAUUCGUUGCAGAGACUGCAUGCCUGAAGAGUGGCUGUGUAUGGAGUGUGAUAUAAUUUGCCACAAAAAACUGGUACUCCAUAACAGGGAGUCGUGCAUUGAUGGAUUUUACCGACCCAUUCCGCCAACGGUGUGCUGUGUGAAAGAAAAUGGCAGAUGUACCUUAAAAAAAUCAAGUUCGGCUGUUGCCUACAGUGAGACCUGACCGACUGUGCACCUGUGACCCAACAAACAUCACAGAAUCUGCUGGAAGAGUAACUAUUUUGGUUUGCAUAAAUGGUCGUUAUGACUUGUACUUGCCCAAUUUGGCGUGCAGAGUGUGUCUAUCACAAUGGACACCUGACAGAAGCGACCUCAUAAGAAGUGGGUAUUGGCCAGCAUCUGUAAAUGCUGAAACAUUGUUUUCAGUGGAUGUAAUCAGCACAUUUGAGGAGAUGAAAACCGUUGCUCCGGGUUUGUCAAGACAAGGCUUUUUGCGGUUGUUAGAGCAGAGGACAGAGCAGUUUGGAAGGAGCGGUAAAAUACAUGGAGAUGCAUUUCAAAGGAGCUUUGUGGAAUACACUUUCUGCCAGUUUUUAUGUGAGAAAAUGGCAAAUGUGGAGCACUUCACCUGCCCAGCAUGUACACCCAACAUGCUUGCAGUUUCUGCAGACGGCAACAGAAAACUGUACAGGUUUCAACACUCUAAAGGGUCAGAGGAACCAUACUUUGAGGGCAUCUUCAUUGCCAAAGAUGUGGACGUAUCCUCUUUCGUUGAAGAAAUCAGGAGUAAAGCGAAAAGUACUCCAGGAAAAGGCACUUGUGGUGCUCCUCAGUGGUCUGCUGCCAGGGAGACUGCCAGAAGAGCUAGCAAACUUGAUGAAGAGGGUCUUGAGAAGGAGCUUCAGGCAGCCACAAACAUACAUUUCUACUGCACUGACAUCUCAUGCAAGUACUGGCCCUAUCUUCAGAAGAUGUCAGUCUCUAUGCCUGAACUGAGCCCUCUUCUUCAAAUGAGACCAUUUCUGUCAGUCAUGCACGCCAAGGCCCAUUCAACUAAGUGUGAGAUUGUCUGGAGUGGUAGGAAUCAGGAGGGUGCUGGCGCAACUGCAGGGGAAGAGGUGGAAAUGGUGAACAGUCUCCUCUCUCGUUGUGCUCUCACAACGAAGUACAUGACCAAAUCUGAAUCUAUAGAUGUCAGACAGGAUGACCAGCAUAUCCUUCAGCGGUCGAUAGAGCACAUAUGUAUGGGUGUCUAUCAAAAAAAAGCAAGCCUUUAUAAUCAGACAGACCGCAACAAGAUUCGACAAAUGCAGCGACGGAAACUGGGGGACGAGAAAAGGAAACUCUUUGAAGCAAUCAAACGAUACAAUGAGCAGGUGCCAGAGAAGGAGGGCAUAAAUGAGCAGAUGGUGGAGAGCCGACUCUCUAUGGUGGGCCAUGGCAGUGGGGAGGACAGUCUAAUAUGGCCAUGGGAGGUUCACAGCACUGAAUCCACAAACAUCCUCACUAAGAAGAAGAUUUUCGAUGCAUACAUGUCAAAGAUGCGGCUGCAAAAAGAGAAGAUCCUAAUUCUUAGGGAGAUGAGACAGCACUGCACCUACCUCAGAGGGCUGGCUGAUGGCAUUAGGAAGCUGAUUGCAGAAAUGUCUGGAGGAAACCGUGGCAGUUUAACUGACGAGGGGCAUUGUGGGCUACAGUGUCUUCUAAAGGAAAGGCUUGCUGAUGUGGAGGAGAAGAUUCAAGUCGUUUCCUCAAGAUACAGCUUGGCUUUAGGACCUCUAUUCCCUGAAGACUGGUCCGAGGAGAUACCGGAGAUACCGGAUGAGAAUAAAGGACUUGAAUACGAGAGCUCAGAGUACAGUGAUUUGGAAGAUGUCUAACUAAUUUGUGAAUGUGUUUUUGCAUUUGCUUGCCGUUUUUUUUUUUUUUUUGGAGGGUGUGGUUUUGGACAUACCCUUUUUCAAUAGAUAGUCUCCCUUAUUUAAUUUACAUAAAUACCAUUGCCUUUAUUGUGAUGAAUAAACUAGCAAAAUUAUUUCUGUGUCAGAUGAAGAGUCCCCACCCACCAGCCCUGUAACUGAUCAAAUUAAUGUACUUGGUAUUAACUCUAUAAAUAAAAGCUGACGUGUAGUGAUCUUUCUGCUGUUACGCUUUAUCUGCUUUGUAUGC